CUCGCUCACUCACGGCACUCACUUUUCGCUUAUGAGGGGACCGGUUUUGGGAGAAGCUGACUGAACUAUGCCGUGAAAACAAAUAUAACGCCCUACCAGCAGUUCGUGAACAACUAUCAUUUCUCACACUCUGCAGACAGUAGCUGCUUGGUGAUCGCGCGUCGCUCUCAUUUACGGCCGUUCGAGUGAUUCGGGUGUAUCAUUAGGCAGCAAGCAAGCAAGCGAUAGAAGUGAUCAUCUGACGUGUCUUUCUGUGGUCGAUCGUGCAAAACAGUUAGUGCUUCCGAGUGAUUCACACCGUAGUUCCUGGCACUGGUGAAAUUCCCCCGUUGGUUUCCUACCGGUAGUAACAUCUCUUUCGCUAUCAGAGCAAUGUCGUGGUAUUAUGUGCCCAAACCGACCGUGUUUCCAGCGGAAGUUUUUAACCCAUCCGAGGAUGCGGCCGCACUGCGCAAAGCGAUGAAGGGCUUCGGUACUGACGAGCAGGCGAUCAUCAACAUACUCUGCUCGCGCAGUAACCAGCAACGCCAGUACAUUUCGGAAGCGUUCCAGCGUGACCUGGGCCGUGAUCUACUGAAAGACCUGAAGUCGGAGUUGAGUGGAAAGUUUGAGGACGUCAUCGUUGGACUCAUGAUGCCGCCGGUGAACUAUCUCUGCAAACAGCUGUACAAAGCGAUGGACGGUAUCGGCACGGACGAGAAGGCACUGAUCGAGAUACUGUGCUCGCAAGACAACGAGCAGAUGCACCAGAUCGCGCACACGUAUGAGGAAAUGUACAACCGACCGCUGGCCGAACACGUCUGCUCGGAAACGUCUGGUAGCUUCCGGCGUCUGCUAACUCUUAUCAUUACGGGAACGCGUGAGUCGAACGAUAUGUGCAACCCGGAGCUUGCCGUGGAACAGGCCAAAAGUCUGUAUAAUGCUGGCGAAGGCAAAUGGGGCACGGACGAGUCAACGUUUUACAAGAUUCUGGCCCACGCCUCCUUUGCCCAGCUGGAAAUAGUGUUCGAAGAGUACAAAAAGCUUACCGGCCGUACGAUCGAGCAGGCGCUGAAGGCGGAGAUUAGCGGUGACUUCUACGAAGCGUUAAGUGCGAUCGUGGAGUGUGUCCAGAUGGCGCCACACUUCUUUGCAAAAAAGCUGUUCCUGGCUAUGGACGGUAUCGGUACGGACGAUAAAACGCUGAUCCGCAUCAUCAUCAGCCGGGCGGAGAUCGAUCUACAGAACAUCAAGGACGAGUUUGAGCAGAUGUACAACAAAACGCUGCUCAGCAUGGUUAAGGACGAAACGUCCGGCGACUACAAGCGUGUUCUUUCUGCACUGAUCGGAGGUGCAUAGUGGAGCAACCAUUCAAACACUUGCAUUACUAUAAGUUAAGCAACGACACAAACGCCAUCUACUUUUUUUUUAAAGAAAUAAGGGAACAAUUUUACAGCUUUGACAUACACACACACAAUCGUCGCGAUGAUCUGGCAUUGGCAUUGCACCUUCGCUAGACCUUGUUUUACUUAGUCGACGUGCGACGAGCACUAUUCGGGGGAGAUUUGAUACCAGUGGUGCCUGCCUAUUACAGGCAACUGGUGUCGCCACUUGUACUUAGUUUUGGUCAACUCCAAGUCCGUCGACAGAUCCGAUAUGUUGCGAACGGGACAACGCUAGAAAAAAAGAAGGUAACCUUGAGCAU